AUGCACUCCCCUUUCCCGACCAAAACAAUCGGCGACGGCUUCAAGAACUACUCAUCCAUGAGAGACCCUACUGUCAUCGAUGCCGUCGAGGAGACGUUGCGCAAGGAGGAGGCCCAAGGCUUCAUCAGGAAACUGAACGAGGGGGAUACCCUUGACCGCAGCCGGAGCUUCGUCCCUCGAGGAGCCAUCCCAAAGAAAGAUGGUGGGGUGAGAGUGAUCGAUGACUACCUCCGGGGUAACAUAAAUCUCCGGGCCAAAGUUCCGAACUCCAAUAAGCUCCCGUCCACGACCUGUACUCGGAGAUUGGUGGGUGAGCUGCAGCAGAAAUACCCCGUGAGUAAGUGGCUCCUCUUCGAGCUGGACAUGGAGAGUGCGUACCGCUUCCUGAAGAUCCAUCCCGAGGAGAGACGGCACCUAUCCUUCUGCCACGAGGACAGCAGCGGCGUUGCCUCCUACUUCGAAAACU